CCGGGCGAUGGCGAUGGCGGAGGCGCACCGGGUGCUGGUGUACGGCGGCCGCGGGGCCCUGGGCUCCACGUGCGUGCAGCACUUCCGAGCUAAGGGCUGGUGGGUGGCCAGCAUUGACUUAGCAGAAAAUGAAGAAGCGUGUGCCAACGUUCUUGUGAAAAUGAGCGAUUCGUUUACUGAACAAGCAGAUCAGGUGACUGCAGAUGUCGAAAAGCUCCUGGGUGAGAAAAAGGUUGAUGCGAUUGUUUGCGUCGCUGGUGGCUGGGCCGGAGGCAGCGCAAAAGCAAAAUCUGUAUACAAAAACAGUGAUCUGAUGUGGAAGCAAAGUGUGUGGACAUCGACCAUUUCUAGCCACUUGGCUACCAAGCACCUCAAGGAAGGGGGCUUGUUGACCCUAACUGGGGCAAAGGCAGCAUUAUCUGGAACCCCAGGAAUGAUUGGCUAUGGCCUGGCCAAAGCAGCAGUCCAUCAGCUCUGUCAGAGUCUGUCUGGUCCAAAUAGUGGUUUGCCGCCUGGCUCUGCUGCAGUCGCUAUCCUUCCGGUUACCUUGGAUACACCGAUGAACAGGAAAUCCAUGCCUGAUGCAGACUUCAGCUCCUGGACACCAUUAGAUUUCAUUGCUGAGACUUUUUAUGACUGGGUCACUGGAAAAAGCCGGCCAGGCUCUGGAAGUCUGAUCCAGGUGGUAACAUCAGGAGGAAAAACUGACCUUUCUCCUGCCCAUCUCUGAGCAUUGACAUUUUGCGCAAACAGUGAUGAAAUUAUUGAAAUCAUUGAGAAGUGUGUGUGUCUGUCUGUGUGUUCUUUGCGUGGUCAACUUCUACUUCUGCCAAUUAGAUCAGCAAGACCUGGGGUGGUGUUUGUGUUGCUAGAUGUGAGUCAGCCGUGCUUUAAUUACCAAAAGGUACAAAGUCUGUUGUGUUUAAAUCAGGACUGUGCGUCUCAAUAGCUUAAUUUUACAGCACUUUCCUAGAGAGCCUUAAAAAAGCAUGUUGUGAUAUCAGUGGGUAAAACGUGGUUAAUUGUAUGAAAUGCUUAUAUGUGUCUGUUGCAGAAGGCUUAGUUGGAGGAUUUUCUGUAUGUUUGUGAGUUGUCAUCCUGAAUGUUAUCCAGAUGGACGUUUCAUCAGAUCCGUGAUGACUUGUCAUAUGUUAACCUUGACCAAAGAUGCACGUCCUGCUUCCCCUCCCACCUACAUACCUUUUAGUCUCUCAAAACUACCAUGGAAGACUGUGGCCUUAGCUAGACCUAAGGUUUAUCCCGGGACCGUCCCGGCGUCAUCCCUGUUCAUGUAAAUGACACACAGCAUAUCCCAGGAGCAGGCAGGGACGACCCUGGGAUAAACCUUAGGUCUAGCUAAGGCCUGUGAGACAAAGUGAAAAAUAGUAUCUGUUCCUGAAUUGUGCCACUUCAUGAAGCAGGGAAAAAAGGUGUUGAAAAACUCCCUAACCAUGACAUCUAGAACACAUGUGUGCACGCAGGCACAGAGCCGUUCACUUGAGAGAGAACAUCCACACAUGAAGUCCCUUUCUUCCAACUGCAGCCUGAAGUAAUUACAUGCGGCCGCGUGCUAAUUGUUUGCGCUGUCUGUCUACAGAAGGGGAUGUUUGUGACAGUCAAGGUUGCAAGACAGGCACAUUAUUUUGCCUUAAAAGCUAUUAAAUACUUGUCAGCCCAGCCUACACGUACCCUGAUGAUGAGCAAGACCAUCACGACUAUGAAGAAUGGUUAUAUUUGAAGAAUUUGUUGAAAACUGAAGCCUUAUUGUACAGUGAAAGAGGCCUAGACAGAUCUUCGCAUUACUGAUAGGAGAGGAAGGGAUGGGGCAGCUCAGUCAACGCUGUACAAGCAUGCUGGGGCCAUUUGGCAGCCGUACGCUUGCACAAUAUUGAUUGAGUGACACCCCCCAUUUCAUCCUUCCCCCAACCAGAUGUGUAGGACUACAACUCCCAACACAUCUGGAAGAUCCCAGGUUGGGAAAGGCUGCCGCCCUCCCCCACCUCAAUCAGCUGUGCGCACCAAUGGGAGAUACCCACCAGCGAACUGCCUCACUGCCCAUGCUGCUGGUUUAUGUAUGUAUCUUGUGUAACCUCAUAACGUGAUCUUUAAAACCUGAAACAAGACCGUGCCCAAAAUAGCCAUGGUUCUUUUAUUAUUAAUGCAUUGAAUUUUUGUGGUCAAUAUGUUCUUUAGGAGUAUGCCUGUCAGUGUCAUACAUUGUUGUUUUUAAUAUGAUCUUGGAGACUGUCAUAAUCCGAUACUCUCUUGUGCGUUUGUCUUUGAAGCAGGAUAUGACCUUUCCUAACACCACCUUUGAAUGGAUAAAUAAACUAUCACAGAAACAAGAAAGCUGGUAGCUUUCAGGGUUAUAUAA